AUGGCAGAAACCCUGGAGUUCAACGACGUGUAUCAGGAGGUGAAGGGCUCCAUGAAUGAUGGUCGGCUGAGGCUGAGCCGCCAGGGCAUCAUCUUUAAGAACAGUAAGACGGGCAAAGUGGACAACAUCCAGGCCGGUGAGCUGACGGAAGGCAUCUGGCGCCGGGUGGCUCUGGGCCACGGGCUUAAACUGCUUACGAAGAACGGCCAUGUCUACAAGUACGAUGGCUUCCGGGAAUCGGAGUUUGAGAAACUCUCUGAUUUCUUCAAAACUCACUAUCGCCUGGAGCUAAUGGAGAAGGAUCUGUGUGUGAAGGGUUGGAACUGGGGAACCGUGAAGUUUGGUGGGCAGCUGCUUUCCUUCGACAUUGGCGACCAGCCGGUCUUCGAGAUCCCUCUCAGCAACGUGUCCCAGUGUACCACGGGUAAGAACGAGGUGACACUGGAGUUCCACCAGAACGACGAUGCAGAGGUCUCCCUCAUGGAGGUGCGCUUCUAUGUGCCGCCCACCCAGGAGGACGGCGUGGACCCCGUGGAGGCCUUCGCCCAGAACGUGCUGUCAAAGGCGGACGUGAUCCAGGCCACUGGAGACGCCAUCUGCAUCUUCCGGGAGCUGCAGUGUCUGACGCCCCGAGGCCGCUACGACAUCCGCAUCUACCCCACCUUCCUGCAUCUGCAUGGCAAGACCUUUGACUACAAGAUCCCUUACACCACGGUGCUGCGGCUCUUCCUGCUGCCCCACAAGGACCAGCGCCAGAUGUUCUUUGUGAUCAGCCUGGACCCCCCCAUCAAGCAGGGCCAGACCCGCUACCACUUCCUCAUCCUCCUCUUCUCGAAGGACGAGGACAUCUCCCUGGCACUCAACAUGAACGAGGAGGAGGUGGAGAAGCGCUUCGAGGGGCGGCUCACCAAGAAUAUGUCAGGAUCCCUCUACGAGAUGGUCAGCCGGGUCAUGAAAGCGCUGGUGAACCGCAAGAUUACGGUCCCUGGCAACUUCCAAGGGCACUCGGGGGCCCAGUGCAUCACCUGCUCCUACAAGGCCAGCUCAGGGCUGCUGUACCCCCUGGAGCGGGGCUUCAUCUACGUCCACAAGCCGCCCGUGCACAUCCGCUUCGACGAGAUCUCCUUUGUCAACUUCGCCCGUGGGACCACCACCACGCGUUCCUUUGACUUUGAAAUUGAGACCAAGCAGGGCACCCAGUAUACUUUCAGCAGCAUUGAGAGGGAGGAGUACGGCAAGCUCUUCGACUUUGUCAACGCCAAGAAGCUCAACAUCAAGAACCGAGGGCUGAAAGAGGGCAUGAACCCCAGCUACGACGAGUAUGCCGACUCGGACGAGGACCAGCACGACGCCUACCUGGAGCGGAUGAAGGAGGAGGGCAAGAUCCGCGAGGAGCACGCCAACGACAGCAGCGACGACUCCGGCGAGGAGACCGAUGAGUCUUUCAACCCGGGUGAAGAGGAGGAGGACGUGGCAGAGGAGUUUGACAGCAACGCCUCCGCCAGCUCCUCCAGUAACGAUGGUGACAGCGACCGGGAAGAGAAGAAACGGAAGCAGCUUAAAAAGGCGAAGAUGGCCAAGGACCGCAAGAGCCGCAAGAAGCCCCUCGAGGUAAAGAAGGGCAAGGACCCCAAUGCCCCCAAGAGGCCCAUGUCUGCCUACAUGCUGUGGCUGAAUGCUAGCCGGGAGAAGAUCAAGUCGGACCAUCCGGGUAUCAGCGUCACCGACCUCUCCAAGAAGGCGGGCGAGAUCUGGAAGGGAAUGUCCAAGGAGAAGAAGGAGGAGUGGGAUCGCAAGGCUGAGGAUGCCAGGAGGGAAUAUGAAAAAGCCAUGAAGGAAUACGAAGGCGGCCGUGGAGAGUCCUCCAAGAGGGACAAGUCCAAGAAGAAGAAAAAAGUCAAGGUGAAGAUGGAGAAGAAAUCCACACCCUCGCGGGGCUCAUCAUCGAAGUCUUCAUCAAGGCAGCUGAGCGAGAGCUUCAAGAGCAAAGAGUUUGUGUCCAGUGAUGAGAGCUCUUCCGGAGAAAACAAGAGCAAAAAGAAGAGAAGGCGGAGUGAGGACUCUGAAGAAGAAGAGCUAGCCAGUACUCCCCCCAGCUCAGAAGACUCGGCGUCAGGAUCUGAUGAAUAG